CCAGCGAAGAUCAAACUGGAUCGAGCUCUGCAAAUAAAAGACCGCUGUGAUCGAGAGCUUCAAGCUUUGUGUGAGUCCAAGCGCCGUCGCUACCGAACCCUUUCAUUAUUGGAUGGCCACGACGAGCUUAUACUACUGGAGCAGGAGAAGCCCAACGAGAGCCUAAUUCGAGAUAAACGGGAGUUGGAGCGCUUGAUGAGGAAACUUUCUUCUCCGGCUAUGAGUCAUUUUGCCUCCACUCAGUCCGAGUUCGUGCACCUUCUCCAGGGCUGCUCCGCUUGCAGCAACCGGUUGGCAUUUUGCGCUGCGUGUGCCGACAAGGCGUCCGAGUUCUUCAAUGGGUUCACGUCAGCCGAGCUUUUCGCUCUC